AUGUCAAGGGAAAGGACAAUAUUGAAAAACGGAGCCAGGGUGGAAUACAACCCAGAGGUUCUAUUGGACUAUUUAAAAGCACUCGCAACGGGAUUAGAUUCAACAUUCAUUAAGAUAAACGAGCUGGUUGAGAAGGUUACCAUGGGGGUAUGUGAUGACAUGACCACGCACGAGCUAGGGAUACUUGUGGCGGAAACAGCAGCUGAUAUGACAACCAAUCAUCCGCACUACUCUAUGCUCGCGGGAAGAAUAGAGGCAUCCCUUCUCCAGAAAAGCACGCCAAAAAAGUUUUCAGAGGCAAUGAAGCUUCUGUUUAACGCAGUGCUUGCGGGGACAGAUGUGAAGACAGAAGUGAUAUCGCCAGAGAUCAUGGCCCUCCUGGAAAAGCAUGGCGAUAGGCUGGACGCUGCAAUUGUGAACGAGAGAGACUUUGAGUUCUCAUACUUUGGAGUUAAGACUCUGAAGAGGUCCUAUCUUCUGAAAGCCAACGGAGCUAUAGUGGAGAGGCCGCAGUACAUGUGGAUGCGUGUGAGCCUGGGGAUCCACAGAGAGGACAUCGACGCAGCCAUACACACGUACGAGCUUAUGUCAACAAAGCACUUUAUACACGCCACGCCCACGCUGUUUAACAGCGGAACCAGAGCCCCGCAGCUGUCGAGCUGCUUCCUCCUGGCAAUGCAGAGCGACUCCAUUGAGGGAAUAUACAACACGCUCAAACAGUGCGCGCUGAUUUCGAAGAGCGCAGGCGGAAUCGGAGUGAACAUCCACAAUAUAAGGGCCAGCGGAUCGUACAUUAAGGGCACGUUUGGGCACUCGAAUGGAAUAGUGCCUAUGCUGAGAGUGUUUGACGCCACUUCAAAGUACGUUGACCAGGGCGGAAACAAGCGCCCAGGAUCGAUCGUUGUGUACUUGGAGCCGUGGCACAUGGACGUGUUUGACUUCCUGGACCUGAGAAAGAACACAGGGAAGGAGGAGAUGCGAACCAGGAACCUUUUCUUGGGCUUGUGGGUGCCCGACCUGUUCAUGAAGAGAGUCGAGGAGGACGGACAGUGGUCGCUUUUCUGCCCAAACAUCGCGAAGGGCCUGCACGAAGUGUACGGGGAGGAGUUUGAAGAGCUCUACGCUAAGUACGAGAGCGACCCGGAGAUGGAGAAGAAGGUUGUGCCUGCAAGAAAGCUCUGGAAGGCCAUUCUCGAAGCAGAGAUUGAGACAGGAGUGCCCUACAUCCUGUACAAAGACAGCUGCAACAAGAAGAGCAACCAGAAGAACCUGGGGACUAUUAAGGGCAGUAACCUGUGCGCAGAAAUAGUGGAGUACACAGACCAGAAUGAAAUCGCCGUCUGCAACCUCGCUUCUCUCGCCCUGCCAACAUACCUGGAGAAGGGCGUGUUUAACUUUGGAAAGCUUAAGGAGGUCGCAAAAACAAUCACCAGAAACCUAAAUAAGGCCAUCGAUGUUAACAGAUACCCGCUGGAAGAGGCAAAGACCUCUAACUUUAAGCACAGGCCUAUAGGAAUGGGGGUGCAGGGCCUCGCAGACGUAUACAUACUUAUGGGGUAUCCGUUUGAAAGCCCAGAGGCAGCAGAGCUGAACAAAAAGAUCUUCGAAACCAUAUACUUCGGAGCCCUUGAGGCGUCUAACGAGCUUGCUAAGGAGUUUGGCCCGUACGAGUCGUACCAGGGAAGCCCAGUCAGCCAGGGAGUUCUGCAGUACGACAUGUGGGGCGUGCAGCCGUCUGACAUGUGGGACUGGAAGGGCCUUAAGGAGAAGAUUGCCGCGCACGGAGUCAGAAACAGCCUGCUUGUGGCUUUGAUGCCAACCGCCUCAACCUCGCAGAUACUGGGAUUCAACGAGUGCUUUGAGGGAUUCACAAGCAACAUAUACACGAGAAGAACACUUUCCGGGGAGUUCCAGAUCGUAAACUCGCAUCUGGUCAAGGACCUGGCAGACCUGGGUCUGUGGGGGCCCGAGAUGAAAAACAUCAUCAUCGAGCACGAGGGAUCUAUACAGAGCAUUCCAAGCAUACCUGACAACAUAAAACAGCUUUACAAAACUGUUUGGGAAAUCAAGCAGAAGGCAGUUAUUGAUCAGGCCGCCGACAGAGGAGCAUAUGUUGACCAGAGCCAGUCUAUGAACAUACACAUAGCCACACCCACGUUUGCACAGCUCACAAGCAUGCACUUCUACGGAUGGAAGAAGGGCUUGAAGACAGGAACUUACUACCUGCGAACAAAGCCUUCCCAGGCUGCGAUUAAGUUCACGGUAGACAAGCAGCAGGCCCAGGAUUACCUCCAGAAGGAGGCAGCGCCAACGCCAACCAGCUGUCCAAUUGACGGAGACUGCCUCAGCUGCGGAAGUUAA